UUCCCCAGCAUCCCAUAAACUCUAUAAUUCCCGAGUUUGGAGUACUGAGGGUGCCCAUUUCAGCCUUCCCCUAUACUCUUCCCCUUGGAUGUCAGUUUCUGCUCGGAGCCGAUCGCCCACCCAGGCCUUUUUCCGGUGCGUUGUGCCAGCCUGUCCUGCAUCCCACAUCCCCAGCUGUUGACAUUUCCACGCGAUUACCCAAGGGAUGAAUAAAAGGGCCCUGUUGUUCAACAAUGGGGGAAAGACAGAGACAAUGGGAAAUUGUGUUUCCAGUGGGUGGGGACAGAAAAGAAAAGGACAGACAGACAGAAAGGGUCAGGGUCCUGAAGCAGCCGGACAUCCUGGAAGUCUGAUUCCCACCCUGAGAGCCUCUUCCAAAAGGCCAUAUGUAGCCUGGCACGGAGGGCACAGGUGAUCCGGGUCGCUUGCUUUACUCUGUCCUCUGUCAUCUCAACCCUGUGUCUUGCCCUGGUCCCAGGACAUCAAGUGCCACCGAUCCAAUCAUGGCUGGCUUAGUGUGAGCUAGAGAACAGGUCUCAACACCUGGCUUCUUUGAGCGCAGGAAACAAGCCUUCCUGGAAAAGUGUCAAAGGAGCCAGAGCAUUGAUCAGGCGCCCAAUCCCUGAGGCCUUAGGGUGCUUUGAACCCCCAGGAUCCCCAACAGCACCUCCACUGGAACUUCUUCCUUCAGCAGGACAGGAAGCUACUAAGCACUGCUCCCUUUGUCUCUGAGGAGAGGUCAUCUUUUCAGUACUAAGGAGUGUCCACCAUUUGUGCCCACCAACGGCGCUUGCUGACACCAUCAUGCCGCGUCGGACCCCUCUCUCAGCAUUCUGCUACUUCCUUCUCCCCUGGGCGUUCACCAUCCUUCACCAAGCCCUGGGGGACUCGGCCCCCCAUCCGGGUCCCCACUACCUCCUGCCCCCCAUCCACGAGGUCAUUCACUCUCGUCGUGGGGCCACGGCCACACUGCCCUGCGUCCUGGGCACCUCGCCUCCCAGCUACAAGGUACGCUGGAGCAAAGUGGAGCCCGGGGAGCUCCGGGAAACGCUAAUCCUCAUCACCAACGGACUGCACGCCCGGGGCUAUGGGCCCCUGGGAGGGCGCGCCAGCAUGCGGAGGGGGCAUCGGCUGGACGCCUCCCUGGUCAUCAAGAACGUGCGCCUGGAGGACGAGGGCCGGUACCGCUGCGAGCUCAUCAAUGGCAUCGAGGACGAGAGCGUGGCGCUGACCCUGCGCCUGGAGGGUGUGGUGUUUCCGUACCAACCCAGCCGCGGCCGCUACCAGUUCAAUUACUUCGAGGCGAAGCAGGCGUGCGAGGAGCAGGACGGACGCCUAGCCACGUACGGCCAACUGUAUCAGGCGUGGACCGAGGGGCUGGACUGGUGCAACGCCGGCUGGCUGCUCGAGGGCUCGGUGCGCUACCCUGUGCUCAACGCGCGCGCCCCGUGUGGCGGUCAAGGGCGGCCAGGCAUCCGCAGCUACGGGCCCCGCGACCGCAGCCGCGACCGCUACGACGCCUUCUGCUUCACCUCGGCGCUGGCAGGUCAGGUGUUCUUCGUGCCCGGGCGGCUGACGCUGUCUGAAGCCCAUGCGGCUUGCCGGAGGCGCGGAGCUGUAGUAGCCAAGGUCGGGCACCUCUACGCCGCCUGGAAGUUCUCGGGGCUGGAUCGGUGCGACGGAGGCUGGCUGGCGGACGGCAGCGUUCGCUUCCCCAUCACCACGCCGCGGCCGCGCUGUGGGGGUCUCCCUGACCCCGGGGUGCGCAGCUUCGGCUUUCCCCGGCCCCAGCAGGCGGCCUACGGGACCUACUGCUACGCCGAGAAGUAGGAGCGCACUGACCUACCACGCGCGACAGAGUGGCGGGUCCCCUCUCGACAGACGGGGACUGAGCCCCACACCUGCCUUCCCAGCCCAGCUCAGCGCUCCGGGCUCCCGGGCAGAGGGGCGUCCCGGGCAUUAACUGACCAAUAAAAUAACAUGGCACCUUCUCGGUUCGAUAAGCUGUAGGGCUUGGAGGCUUGGAAGUACGUGUGUGAAAGGAUCUGGCCCUGGACCCAAAGCACGCCUACAGUCUAGAGGAAAGGCUCUAUUGCUUCUGGCGUCAAAAGCCAGGACAGAGGGGAGGAAAGCUCACAGGCCUGGCCAUCCUCGUGGGAGAACUCAGGCUGCUAUUAUGUCUAGUCAGUCACCCAAGGAAUUCUCAUGCAAAUUUGCAAACUUACAGAACUGUUAGGCCCUACAGAACAAAUAUUCAAUAGGUCUAAACACAUUUUUAAAUGUACUUAGAAGCGUUUCCAAGGUCUGCUUUAAUUAAUUAAUUAGUUUUGAGACAAGGUCUCUCAAUUUAGCCCUGGCUGUCCUGGAAGUCACUAUCUAGACUAGGCUAGCCUUGAAUUCACACCGAUCAGUCUACCUCUGCCUCUUGAGUGCUGGGAUCACACCCAGCUAAAGUCUACAAUUAAAGAUAGUAAAGUCUGGGUGGAUAGCUCAGCAGUUAAGACAACUUGCUGCUCUUUCAGAGGACCAGAACCCACAACCAUCUGUAACUCCAGUUCCAGGGAAUCCAACACCCUCUUCUGACCUCCUCAGGUACCAGAGAGGCACAUGCUGCACAUAUAUACUCUAAUAAAUCCAUUCAAGAAAGAUACAGACAACCAUGCAGAUUAAGACAAUUAAAGUAAAUGCGCCCUUUAUUUCUGGCCUGUGAUCAAGAGUGGGUUCGUGCCUCAGUUCAUGUUUCUUGGUGUGGGAGCUCAGGGGUCCAGCAUUUUUAAAGAUACAAACCACAUUAAUGGUAGAUGAGAGUUAGGAUAACUUUACAACAUCUGGUUUUGGCAGACCAUAGUAGUUAUUUCAUGCAUAACAUGGCAACCAUUUUUGACUUAUACCUUCUUCAUUUAUUGUAGACAUUAAUUAUUUUGGUUAAUGCAUCUGGACCAUGGUCAGAGGCAUGGAAAUCCCAAGUGUGUAGCCAGGUUAGAUGUGACGGUUGGAGGUGGUGGGAUAGGGGACUAAGCGUCCAAGCAGACACAAAAUGGAGCCAGGUCAAGAUGGCCUCACCUGGGUCACUUCACUCACUCAUUUAUUUAAGUUACAUUUAAGUCGUUGGUUUUUAUGAAGGAGUGGGUGAUGGGUAACAACUAGUGAACUAGGUAGAGCCUGAUCAUUAAACCUAGGAGAACAAGGGCAAGCAGACCCGUGGGGCCAUGACUAAGGUGGUUGGUCAUGGAUUUCAAUGAAACCAGCUAUGGAACCAGGGAUUACUGGUCUUUAUUAUUUGUUUGUUUGUUUGUUUUUAAAGAUUUAUUUAUUAUGUAUACAGCAUGUAUGUCUGCAGGCCAGAAGAGGGCACCAGAUCUCAUUAUGGAUGGUUGUGAGCCAACAUGUGGUUGCUGGGAAUUGAACUCAGGACCUCUGGAAGAGCAGUCAGUGCUCUUAAUCUCUGAGCCACCUCUCCAGCCCUAUUUAUUAUUUGUAAGGAUCAAUUGUUGUUUGGGUAUAUAGUCAGGCAUGAGUUAUUAAAGAAAUCAGAUAAAAAAAUCUAAACCUAUUAUUUUUAGAUACAGCAGAGGUAAUAAAAUUUUGUCAGAGUCUGGUCCUGGGGAGGUGUCAGUGCCCUAUAGGAAGCACUCUGGCUAAAAUUAUGACGAGUUCAGAGGGAGAAAGGGGCAUCAUAAUCCCUGAAGGAAUAAACCUUAAACAACCUCUUCUGGGCCCUGACCAAGGAGCUUUCAGCUGCCCUAAGAUUUGCUGAAAUCCCUUCCCUGUGUUGACACUCCAGCCCCUCCCCCUCCACUGCCAUUGGCUAACUCAGUCACCCACUAUCACCCACAUCCUGACAGCCAGGGCAAGACAGUUUCUAAAGGUAAAACAGCCUGGUCUGGACAAACAGUUCCAGGAAAUAGAGACAGCAGAAUGGCAGGUAUCCCCCUGCAGCUGCAUUUAACUUCUGCAUUCCCCGGGCCCCCUACAUAAGCUCCAAGUGUUCCCUUUCCCUCAGGAGAAUGUCUGCCUAUUGCUGUUUGAAAUAAACGGUCUUCUGCCGGUCA